AUGUCAAACGCCAACAGCAUAAUCAACCCAUCAUCCUCUGCGCAAAAUGAUAGACGUCAGUUUGGCAAUGCGGCCUAUCACGGAACACAUUACGUACAUGUUCUUUUGAGUUUCCGUCCGUUAUACUCUGAAAUGAAAGUCCUCAAUAAAACAUCUGCGUUUAUCGGACAGUUUGGGCAGCUAGAGGGUAUGCCACAAAUAACGCUGGUAGAUUUCGAAGGCCCAGGAGAUGGAGAAGGCUUUCGCCGCAAGCAACAGCCGCACUCUGUUUCAACUGAUCUGAUCAACGGGUCAAAAGAAGGCAGGUGUCAGUGGGACAACAUGCGAAAAAUCGGAGCAGCAAUUCACUCCCUCAAUCGCCAUCUUGAGCAGUGGGCUGAGCACUUCCAAGAACAGUUUACCUGGUCACCUUCAAUACAACCACUGAAAGAACCAACCGACCCGAAAGAAACAACGACACCAACUCACCAUCAGCAACAGAAAUCAAGUGCAAGAUUACAAUCACGAAGCGCAACAAGACACCUGGCCCGGAUGUUCUAUGCCUCACGCUCUUCAAACAAAGUGGUGAGGUUCUAG